GGAGUAUGUGGGCGAGGAGGAUGAGGGCACAUACGUGGUGAAGAACUCUGCAGCCCCAGCUGAUGUCAGGGCGCAUCAUUCUCAUAGUUAGAGACUGUCCACUGGAGACUGUGGUGAAAUAUGGAGGGGUGUAUCACAUCCCGAUCAACCCUUCCAUUGGUCCAUACACCCUUGAGUUCAGGCCUGGAGCUCACACUCCAGUUAACCAGACCACUGAGGGACCACCUGUGCUGCUUCUCAACCAGACCGGCAUCCCCACGCAAGAGUACCAGGACCGCCUCAUCGUGGACGAGAAGAGGGUCAAGCUCCUUGUGGUGACAGGAGCCGAUGAGGGCAGCUACACAGUUGUGGACAGUGAUGAAAAAGUCAGAUUGAAAGCCUGCCUUAAUGUGAAAGACCACCAGAUCUUUGAGAACCUGAAGUAUGGUGAAACCUUGAAGAUCAAGCUUCACGUGGACCACACCAAAGUCAAAAUGGUCUACAUCCCAGACACUGACCACAAGGAACGACUCAUCAUGGACCAGGGGGAGCUGACGGCACCUGCCGACUCUGUUCUGGGUGGUCGAGCGUCUGUGGAAGGGUCCAUGUUCUACCUGAAGAAGGUCAAAGUCGGUGACAUGGGUGUCUUUCGUGUGAUGGAGUCUUCCGGCUUCCGCAUAGCUGACGUCUACCUUCACGUGCAGCCCUAUAAGCUGCCACAGCUCAACGUGGCGAUCAUCUCCUUGCUGUCUCUGCUGGCGUUCCUGCUGUUGGUGUGUCUGCUGUCCUGUCUGAUCAAGGUUCACCGUCGGGCGGAGAGAGCACGUAAGAUCACCCUAAUCGCCCAACAGGCUGGCAAGGGCGACGGAGAGGCGUUCAGACAGGUGGUACAUGAGGUUUAUACUAGAUUUUCAGAGGAACCCACUUUACAGUCCACAUGGGAGAACAACACCGAGAGCACAGAAGUUGAGAUCAAAGGUCUGGAGGUAUCAAAACCAGGUCAGUACCAGACCCUCCAGUCUGAGAAGAACUUCUCGGAGAUGAACGACUCAGGCGUGGAGUUCAACUCGUCUGCACUUCCUCUGGACAGUGACACAGAUCUCCCCGACUAUCUGGCCUCUCAGAAGCUCCUGCUGGAGUCCGAAACUCUCGCUGGCGUCCCGCCGGCCAUCUCUGAGGGCGACCACAGUGCCACUCGCACCCCUGAUUCCCUUCUGAGCGCCAGCCCCCUCGUCCAACCCAAAUCUGCGCCUCAGAUAGAUGGCGACUUAAUCGGCGUGACCACACCUGAAGAAACGACCAAAGCGGAUGAUUUGGAUGCGAAGACGAGCAAAGAUCCUUCACCGAAUUCUGAGAAAGCUCUGGAUCUGAGUAAUGGAACCACAACCUGAGCGUUUCAAAGAAAAUUGAGUCACACUGACAGGUGUGGCCACGUUUCGUUCACUACAUCUCACCAUUUGACGUCUAAAAUGACACUUCAUCUCGCUUGGAUUGAUCUGUGGCAUAACAAAUGUUUUUUCGAUUAAGCAAAAAUCCUGAUCCGAUAAGAAAAAAGAACAAAUCUAAGAGAAGACAACAAAACUCACACAAAAAAAAUAAAUAAAUUGAAGAACCGAAUAAGUCCUGCACUAUGCAUGCUUUUGAAUUACUGAGGAUUAGUAUGAAGCCAAGUGCUAUAUUAGAGUGACCAUGUAGUGCAUGUGAAGACGAAAACACACGUGUAAGACUUAAUACUUUUUUUAUUUUACCAAGCAAUGCAACUAGAACUAGAACUUUCACCAGAGAGUCAAACUGCCUGAAACUCCAAGGAAGCGUCAAGCAACAUCUGAAGCAGGUUGCAUCUACAAAAUGCCAGAUUUUGAGAAUUUCUUCAUUUGUCAAAUCAAAGUAGGAUUCAUCCCAAGAUCAAACAUGUUUUCCCAGCGCUCUUGACCAUCUGCAGUCACCACCAGCUUUGAAGUGCUUUACUGAUGAUCCUUGCCAAUGGUAAACUAAACAUCUUGAUGAAUCAGGUCUGCAUGGAUGACAGGUGUCCGAUACGGUGGCUUACCACUGUAAACAGGAUCAGCUGUGGUGAAGGGUUUCGACCCUGGCUCAGAGGAACCCCUCUGAAGGAACGGCUUGUCUCAGCAGUUAUAGAUGCUGAUUCUGCUGGAGUGUCUCCACAGCCUGGGCCUUUCCAGUGAUCUCUUUUCUAGCGCUUCUGAUGCGAUCCUUUAUUCAUACUCAUUUGAAUAUAUUUCAUAGCAGGUUUUAGCUUGCAGAAAUGCGCUCAUUGACAUUUAUUCAUGAGGAAUUAUUUGCAACUAAGUGGGGUCUGGGGGGUGCUGAGUUCACGAAAAUUCAAUAUCCAUAUUCAUAAUAUCUAAUAUGAUUUGAUUAUAGUGAAAAAAAAGAUUCUUCAGACUAUUAUAAUCUGUAUUAGACUAAGAAAAAGGGUUCUAUUAACAACUAAUCACUGAAAGUUUAACAAAGCUCAAUGGUUCUUCUAUGAAACUUGCAGAAAUCAGCUUUAUUUUUAAGCGUGUAUAGUUCUCUUGUAAUGUUCUCACAGCACUUGAUUUUAAGGUUAAUGCUACUCCUUUAUGCAGGUAAAUGAGGUGUGAGGAGAGUAUGAUGCAAUAUUAAAAUGAGCUGUAGAUGGUGGGUGGAGUCUUACAUCAGGGGCGUGGUUUAGCCUGUUAGUGAAAUUGCUACCUCAUGUUUUGAUGUGUGAAGGAUGCAAAGAUGGAAAAUGUAAAAAAAAGACACAAGGUGUCAAAAAAAAGCACAAUUGAGACAAAAUCCUUGCAAAAGAUGUGAAUUAAAUUGUAGCUGAUGUUAAUAGAGUGGUUUGCCAAAAUGAAAAAAAAUAGAUAGAAUAUUCAAAUUACGAUUUAAAUUAACUCCUUUUGGGUAUAGUUAACCCUUUAGUGACUGCAUUCAGAACAUGGAUAAGCUGAUUGAAAUUUGAAAGCAUUAUAUAAAUAGUAAAAAAUAAAAAAAAGUUUUCUAUAUUGCAUUGAUAUCUAUUGACAUAUUUCAUGAUCAAGCCCUAGAAUCUUGUCUAGCUAGCAUUAUUUUAAACUCCCGUUGCUUCACUCCAGAAAUUGUUUUAUUGACUAAGGUUUGUUCCUAUGUCAUAUCACUAAAUAUGCCGUUAUUGGGCCUUAUGAAGCAAUAUUAAUGUGAAAGCAUUGGGCCUAAUUUAUGAAGCAUUAACAAAACAGAUUUCUCUCAGAAAAAAAGUUACUAAAUCUGUCACUAGGCAACUCCUUUUUCACAAGGUACCAAUAUGCACCUUUAGUAGUGCAAAGUGUACGUUUUGAAAAGGUACUGCCCCAGUGACAGAUUUUUUCUUUUUUUUCUGAGAGCAGUCUUAUCUUCAAAGUUCAUACUCAGUUCACUGUAUGUAUGAAGGGUCUUAUGAUUGAUUUGCACAAAUUGGCUCUACUCAUGUUUCAUGAAUGAGGCUUAAUGCACACACACACACACACACACAUGAACACACACACACAUACAGGGUAGGUGCAACAAACAUACACUUCUGUACAUAGAUGUAUUGCAUGUUAAUGAUCAGUACUAACUAAUGAUUGCUGGAUUCUCAUGCAUUUUUCUUCAAAUAAGACACAGUCUCUAAAGAAAUGAAUAACAUAAUAAACAAGAAACCUUUACAGGGUUUCUGCAGGUCAUAAAAAUGGGUUUGAAUUUGCUUUUCUGCAAAAUAAGGCUUUAAAUCUGAGGCGAAAUCUUAAAUUCAUAAAGUUAUGGCAUUAAAUAUUGCAUACAUUGAUUUUGAUCCUUAUAUCAGAAAACAAGACUUGUCGUAUGUAUCUCAAGUAAACAUCUUGAUUUAUGACACUUUACAAAUUUGCACUGAAAAAAAAAAUUAAAAGCACUUUUUUCGCAGUUUGAAAGUAAGUUAUUUCCAAAAAAAAAAAAAUCUAUUGUAUUUUCAAACCUUGAAGUGAAAACAACUCAUUGGAAGUGUCCUGGACAUUAAAGAACAUACUGAUUAAUCCCUUCAAUUAAUUCCUUACAUAUUCUUAACAUUUAUAGUCCUAAAUGUACCUUCAUGAAACCUGCAGAAACCCUGCUUUAGCACUGUCAUGCUUUAACUGAAUCUUUGCACUUGAGAAUGAUUUUGAUAAUGCAAAACUCAAGAAAUAUUACACUGACACUAUAUUAUUGCUAUCUAUUAAUUAUACUCUCUUUAUAUAUGCGCUGAUGUCAUAGAUCUACUAUAAACGCAACUAAAAGCAUUAGGCUACAAAAGCAUGCUGAACUAGAAGUUGCCUGUUAGAAAUAAGGUUUCAUUGCAUUGCAUUACUUUGUCUCUGAUGAGAAGUAUUCUUAAUGUCAGUGUCAUUUUAGCAGCUAAUAUAGAAACUUUUUCGAAAUUGGUUUGUUUUGGUAAAAAAAAAAUGGAUGUCAAAUUUAUGAUUAUGCAAUUUACAUUCAUGAACAGAAAACAGUUUUUGAGUAGUGCACACAUUUCCGAUCCUCAGGCAUAACUGAGCACAACAAAAUCAAAACUGCUCUUUCAAAAGAAAUGGAUGUCAUUUUUCAGUUUCUUAUUAAGACAGAAAUCAUGUCUGCAGUCAGUUGUAUGUACAGUUUUAGCUCGCUUAUACUUGAACAAAUGCAUUUACCACUCAAAGUUCAGUGUGAUUCAGAUUUACAAAGUUUAUUCCUCAUAAAUGUGUUGAAACCCUGAGUGUUCUGAGCUGGAUAAAUCAUAAUUCUGCAUAAGACAAUGCACUUAUCACACUGAAAAUCGACUAAAAAGAUGUUUUUCAGUGGUACAGGAACCAUAGCAAUACAAGCUCAUCCUGCUCAGGUUUGAUCAGCGGUUUACACAGAUGCUGGCAUCACAUAAUGAAUCGAGCUCAGGAGUGUGUGCUCUCUUCAUCGAUCUAUGCUGAUUUCAUUCUUCAAUUGAUCUUUUGUUACAUGCAAGAGUUCUCAGGAGACAGGUUUGUCGACUUGCUGCAUUCAGCUUUGAAAAGUUGUGAUUGUGAACAUGCUUUGUAAUGUUACAGUGUUUUUUCCUCGUUCAGACUAGCAUCUCUCACAGCUGUGUUUGCCAGAUUGUGACAGACUUUCAUAAAACCAUGAAUAUUAACUAUACUUCACAGUCAUGUACAAAGAAUGGUGCAGAGGAUCUUGUUUUUAGCUGCUUUGUUUAUUUAGUAUUACAUGUGGAUUCAUAGUUUGACUUCAAACACAACUUUAGUUCCACUUUGAUUUGCUCUCUUGAAUGAAAGAUGAAAAUAAAUAAAAAUUUGGCUUUAAAAGUCC